CUUUCUUUCAUUUUGACAUGAACCAAAAAUGAUGCAAGACAGGAAUAAUACUGAGAAGAAAAGAGCCAAGAAAAAGGAAGGAGAAGAGUUCAAGGGAAAGUAAUAAAGAAAAGUCCAGUCCAAAGUCCAGUCUGAAUUGUAGAGGCAACAGCCAACACUUUUCGACAAUCAUGAGCCAGACAUCGGCCACAACUGAGUCACUUAAUGACAAGCCUGAAGAAAAGAGUUUUGCCUUUGGAGUUCCUGACAUCAUUGUGGUCGUCAUUUAUUUCAUCUUUGUCCUAGCUGUAGGAAUAUGGUCUUCUCUUCGGGCCAGUCGAGGAACAGUUGGAGGCUAUUUUUUGGCUGGAAGAUCCAUGACAUGGUGGCCUAGUCUCAACAUCUUUUUGACUGCUUCAAGGUCAGCAAGGAAUAGCUGAAGGAGCAAGGAGACAACUCAAGGCUGCUGUCAUAAUGGCUGACUAUCCAACCCUGGGUAGUACUAUCUUGCUGCUAACUACCUCCCCUUUAAGACUAGAGCCUGUAGUGGAACUCUAUAGAGACCCCCCCCAAAAAAAAAUAUUCACUCCAAUAAAUAUUACAUCAUUUGUCAACCACUUGAUCCCCCAGACAUUAACUGACCCUCUUUUGAUCCCACCUGACAUUUAUUGACCCCUUGGAUGAUCCCAUUGACCUUUGGGUAUCAAUAUUGACCACUAUGGGGAAGCCUUUUUUUUCUUUAAUCCCUUAAUUUGGGGUGGAGCCAUGGCAACUGAAUGGAGCUGAGCAUUUGCUGGUUGGAUGCCUUGCCUGAUGCCUGCAUGGAGUUUGUAGCAAAUAUUUUCUCUUUGCGCCCUGAUAGAGAGACAUCUGUUUAGGAUUAAAUUCUCAAUCUUCCUAGUGGGAGGCAAGCAUGUCACCUCUAGACCACUGCACUGCUCGGUGGGGAACCCUAUGUUACACUAGCUGCUUUGGGAAAACCCUAUGUUACACUAAUUCAAAAAAAGAAGUAAAAAAGAGAGUAGACUUAGAUAUUAGCAGCUAUAGUAAAUAUGCAAUAAGGGACAUUCAACUCUGCAAAUCAUAGCCUUGUUGCAGUCUGGAAUGUCCACUGGUGUUGAUAUGGGCUGCCUAAAGUGCAAGACAUUUAAGGCUUCAAUCACACAGUUGUUGUUACCAUCUUGACCUUUUAUAGCACUCCAUAGAUACUUCUGGUGGCCAAAUAAUUAGUAUGCUAAGCACUAGGAGGAGGGGGGGGCAAUCACCUAUACAAUAGGCUACUCAGGUAGCCUAUUUAAAAUACAAUGAGACCAAGGAAAGCAAUAAAAAACUUUAUCUCAAGCAGCAUAUUUCUGGCAACCAACUGAGGAUUUAAAUAGCUAAACUUCAUAUUUGUACACAAACCAAUGUACAAUGCCACCUGGAAUUUAUGAAAUAUUAUUGGGUCUUAAAAUAUGAUCACCAUGGCUUUGAAAAGAGAAUGGGGAUAAGGGAAAACCUAGCAUAGUCACAAGGGAAUAAUAGAGAUUUUCAAGAUUUUUCUUUUAAAAUAAAAAUAAAAAUCCCUCAGGUUCAGAAGAGCUAUUAUUCUCUUAGCUGAAACUAUGGCAAAAAUAGGUCCCCCCCCCUUACUGUCUAAUAACUUCUUCAUUUAUUGAGCAACUUUGUAAAGAUUGUAGCUUUCUGUGCUAAACCACUUGGAUUUAAAUCUCCAAAAUGAUUCACUGGAAAGGCAUAAACUUUUUGAAGGACACAUUUUCUUUGAAGCAAAAAGGUAAUAUAAUAGUAAUUUAAAGGCCCAGAGAAAUAAGUGUCAGUGGGAUGAAUAUCUUUUUCACCCUCCCUCAAUAAUACAAUGCUGUAGAUCUUUUGAGAGUUUAACUGCAAGCUGAAUGUGGCAUUGAACUUCAACUUUGGGUUAUAUGAACUGUAAAUUCUAUAGACAAUGUUUCCCUCCUACCUUUAAUAGACACACAAAUACACACAUAUAUAAAGGUUUGGUGUGCUUUGUGCCCCAGUGAUAUUUAACCUAUUGUUCACCUACAGUAAUAUUG